GGAGGAUCCGGAGAUACUAUUUCUUCGUUCAGUUAGGAGAUAAGGAGACGAAGAACGAACAAGGACCAGUUGCUUGAGCUUAGUAAUUGUUCUGGUGUGAUUUGAAAUUUGUUCUUGUCUAUGGUUAUAAAAGAUGGAAAUUAGUCUUCCAGAAAGUUUGCAGUGUUCGAAUCUACAAUUGGGUCAUUCUUCAAGUGCUAACACGUCUGAUACCGUGAUACCAUCAGGUUCAGAUGAGGCUGACUUCAACACUGAUGAUGGAUCUUUAUGGGGUGGUUCUGAUGAGGAAUUGGUAGACAGGAAGUGGCGAAGGAUACAAAAAGAAUUUCACACAAUGGGAUAUCGUGAGGGCAUAAUAGUAGGAAAACAAGAUUCUGCACAAGCUGUGUUUAAUAUUGGAUUUACGCAAUCAGCGCUCACUGUUCACAACUGGGGCCUUGUUAGAGGUGUUACCAGUGCUGUGGCUUGUCUUCCCAAUGGGAUGAUGAAGCGUUUGGUUGAAACACAAGAAAACAGAAGUAUAUUCCAGGAAUUACAGGAAUCUGUGCUAUCUCUCUCAAUGAAAGACGUGCAGAAGUUGUUUGACAGAAUAUGAUGACAAAGAAAGCUGUGGAACAGAGUGGAAAUUCUGAGGGUCGUGUCAUUGUUGCACAUUCACAGAAGCAAAGUUCAGAUUGCGGUUGUUUGGAAAAUUAUUUUGGAGAGCUUCAAUCACUCCUUUAAUUUUCUGAAAUCAAAGUACAGUUAGCUGGAGACAAGUAGUCACUGUUGUAAUAUUCGAGCCAUAAGGUAUGUGUAAACACUAAACACUGAUGUAUUUAAACACAAAGUAUAGUUAAUCUCUCAGAAAAUCAGGUCUUUCUGUCCUCGAUACUCUUAUUAAAAGUUCUUUGAUUGUUCUUUCUACUGCUUCUGAGUUCUGUUGUCAAUAUGCAAUUUCUUGUAUGACACGACAUUAACGAGACUGAAUGGCCAAAUCCAGCUUUUCUCAUCUCAUAGAUCAAAGAAGUUUGUACACAGAUACUACUUAAUGCAAUUACUUAUACAUAUCUGUUUCAAUUUUUGAAAACAUCUUAUUGCCAUGUCAGACUUAUACAGAACAAGUUUUGGGAUGAGUUCAAUGAGGACUUGAUCAGAAGCUGCUACAACCUUAAUCUUAAUGGCAAAAACAGAAGGGAAGAAGAUAAAUCAUACAACAUAAGAGAACUCAACUGCAGAAGUUUUGUAUUCUUUCCUGUACUCAAACUAUAUAAUUAUAUAUGUCGGUGGAAACGGCAAUUGUGCUUGUUACUACAGCCAGGACUAUGAUAGAGGACUGUCAUUGUUGCUGCCACCAUCCUAUCUCUCGUAAUUGAUAUCCCAUGAACAUCCCUGUAAUUGAACAAAGAGUCAGAAACAACAUUUUAGGCAGAAAUUUCUACGAAAUGAAGGAUUGUUAGAGUA